AUGUCGGCGUCUCUGGCGUCACGGAGCGCCGCCUUUGAGACGUGGGGGAAACGCUCAGCGCCACGGGUUGAAAUCAAUCUGAAAGACCAGCCGGCGUCUGGAAUCUGCUCUUACACUACCCUUGAUACUAUCGAGGGCGAAGCAACCUUUGUUUCCGACGUUGAUACCCGUUUCGAGCAGAUCUCCAUCACUUUUUUAGGCACAUCGAGGACUCUUAUUGAGAGACCUGGGGCCGCUGGCCCGGCUGUUGGUCGUUCUUCUGCAUUCCACACAUUCCUCAGGCUGGUUCAGCCUAUCGAUGAGUCGGACUAUCCGCAGCCCCGCAUCCUGGAGGCUGGUCGCAAAUAUACGUUCCCCUUCACAUUUGUCGUGCCAGAGAGACUCCUUCCGCAGUCAUGUACACAUCGGACCAACCAUCCGCAAGUGCAACAUGCACACACCAACCUGCCUCCGUCUGCUGGAGACCCUAUGUUAGCCGGGGACGGGAACACGCUACUCGAUGACUUGAUACCACAGAUGGUUCAGAUUCAGUAUACCAUCAGGGCUAAGUUGAUGAAACAUAACCCCAGCUCAGAUACCCUUCGCACCGUCGUUGAUCAAGGUAAAAAAGUCCGUAUCAUCCCGGCUACCGAUGUCGAACCACCGCUCGACGUUUCUGAAGACAGUGUCGACUACUGCCUUCGAACCGAAAAAUCCGUCAGGAGAGGUGCACUACGCGGGAAGUUGGGUCGCAUCGCAAUGGCUGCUGAGCAGCCAAAGCCAUUCCAUCUCCCCCCUAUCCAGCGCCCAGGUAGCGAAGGAACCGCGACAUCUGAGGAGCAAGAGACCCCGAGUACAAUGGUGAAAGUCCACGUUCGCUUCGAUCCUGCUGAUGAAAAUCAGAAACCACCUCGUCUCAACACCCUUUGGACAAAGCUCAAGGUAUUCACGUACUUUGCUUCAGAGCCAUGGAAGGACUUUGCAGCCCGCGAAAGCAUGCCCAAUUGGUCUCUCAACCAUGGCGCAUACCCCGAAACUGUCCCUCUUGCAACCCGCUGUAUCGCUUCCGUGCCGUGGACAAAACACUCCGGAGAUGCCAACUCUACCUUCUGCUCUCCCGCAUCAUCGACAACCAACCUCUCUAUCAACACCCCCAUGUCUUCUGCCCCCACUUCCCGUCGUGGCUCUGUUCAGUCCACUUCCUCCAUCGAUACCUCCCGCACCGGCCCUACAGCUGCCUACGCUGGUAGCACAUAUUACACCUGUACCAUCCUAGCGCCCAUCACCUUGCCGAAAACCAAGGCCUUUAUACCAACCUUCCACUCCUGUUUGACCUCCCGUACAUACGCGCUAGAUAUGAGCAUCUCCGUCCUCACGCCCAACACGAGCUUGACGGUGCCACAGCUCUCUAUCCGUGUACCAGUACAAGUCGCAGCCGCUGAAAGCUUGGCUCAGGCUGUAUCCCUUCGCGGUGACAAUGUGCAGAGUACAGAUGCCUUCUUUACACCCAGAAACAUCUCACCGCCCCCUGUCGAAUAUAUGGGCCGUGCAUCGCUCGGAGCAGGCAGUAGACAACGUUCUGGGACAUUGGAGUCGAUAGGAAGUACGAUGACGGCCACAACAGUGCGGCCUCCACCAGAGUACUCUCAUGCACCCUUUGGCCGACAGCUGUCGAACAGAACAGUCGUGAGGUCUGCGUGCUGA